GAAAAAGGAAGUCUGGUCCGGCGCUGAACCCCAAUGCUAGCGGGACUUACUUGGAGAUCCUUUCUGGGGUGAAGUGAGAUGGGGAGAGUUUUACAUCGGUAGAGUAGGUGGCAGACAGAUCGCCUGAGUUUCCUGCUUACACUUAGCGAUAGGGCCCUUUCUUGUCCGUGCUGUAUUCCCUUCCCCCCUCCCGAAAGGCCCUAUUCAGAGUAAUAGAGAUCGAGGUCUUUUGACCUGACCUUCCCGGCGCUCGGUCGUCAGGAAAGUUGGGAGCGUUGGCCUUGUCCUUCUGGUUGUCCCGCGGCCCCAGGGAAGUGCCUGCUGUCAUGGUGACGCUGCUGCGCGAGAGCCUACAUCCCCUCCGCCUGCUCCAGCGUCUUCCCGGACCUGCAGGAGAUGUGCCCUUCCGAGCCGCGAGCCAUGGCACCGGCCUGCUCUAUCCCGAACACAUCCCCACGUCCCCGCUGCAGAAGGCUCUGUUGGCCGCCGGCUCUGCGGGCAUGGCCCUCUACAACCCGUAUCGCCACGACAUGGUUGCAGUUCUAGGGGAAACCACAGGAUGCCGUGCCCUGAAGGUCCUCAGAGACCAGAUGAAGAGGGAUCCAGAGGGUUCCCAGAUCCUGCAGGAGCGUCCCCGGAUCUCUCUGGCCACCCUUGACCUGGGCAAGCUCCAGAGCCUGCCUGAGGGCUCCCUUGGCCGAGAGUAUCUCCGUUUCCUGGAUGAGAAUAGGGUUUCCCCAGAUACCCGAGCGCCCACCCGAUUCGUGGACGAUGAGGAGCUGGCGUAUGUGAUCCAGCGGUACCGGGAGGUGCACGACAUGUUCCACACCCUGCUGGGGAUGCCCACCAACAUCCUGGGGGAGAUUGUGGUGAAGUGGUUUGAAGCUGUCCAGACCGGCCUGCCCAUGUGCAUCCUCAGUGCUCUCUUCGGACCAGUCCGACUCAGUGCCCAGCACCUGCAAGUGCUGGUCUCGGAGCUGGUCCCAUGGGCAGUUCAGAAUGGGCGCAGGGCCCCGUGUGUCCUCAACCUGUACUAUGAGCGGCGCUGGGAGCAGCCCCUGACAGCUCUGCGGGAGGAGUUGGGCAUCACCGAGCCCCCCAUGCACAUCAAGCACCUGGCCUAGGCCCGGAGCAGCUGAGCCAGGAGGGCCUGGCCUGGCUCCCCACCCUCACUCACCCCACCCACUUCGCCUGGAGGCGGAGGACUCCUUACCACUACCUUUGUUCCUUUUCUUUGAACACUGACCCUUGGACACCAUUUAUCAGAAUUUGUCAUAACACUGCUGAGUGGCUUUGAGGGCCAGCCCAGGAGGGAGCAGGCAGUGCAGUGGGCUCCUAGGGGGCCCGGAGCUGCCCAAAGAGGACUGCAUGUGGACAGGAGCUCAUCUAGGGUUGUGCAAGAAUGUGUCUGGUCCACACCCCUGUUCUAGACCCCUCCCUGCAGCCAGGGUGUUCUGGGUGCCAGGCUGUGUGUCUUCCCAGGACUGAGGACAAGACCCAAUUCCAAAGGCCAGAGGAGAGGGAGGCAGAGAGGGAAGGGAGUCUCCACUGUCUGAACAAAGCUUCCCAUCAGGUCAAGUGCCUGCUACCCCUGCCUUUGCCCGGUGCUGGCUACCUCUGGCGGCCUCGGCCUUCGAGCCCCAAGAAGAAACAGCCCCUCCAGCCUGCACUUCAGUUGCUCCCCCCAUCUCUGGCCUGAAGUGGGACAAAUGGAUUCAAGCUCCCAACUCCUGUACGGUUUUCUACCUGAGGCCCAUUUCAUCAAUAAAAGGGGAGUGAAAACAGCA